AUGCGAGGGCAGAGGUCAUGGACUGGAUGCGAGGGCAGCGGCCGUGGUGAUGAGGGCGGGCUGGAUGCGAGGGCAGCAGCCAUAGUGAUGAGGGCGGUGCGCAACACAGUCAACACGGGCCGCACAGUGGUGUGCACCAUCCACCAGCCGUCCAUCGACAUCUUUGAGGCGUUCGACGAGCUGCUGCUGAUGCAGCGGGGAGGAGAGGUCAUCUACACGGGGUCUCUGGGAAAGCAGUCGUGCGACCUCGUUAGCUACUUCAAGUCCAUCCCAGGAGUGCCGCCCAUCCAGCCCGGCGCCAACCCAGCAGCAUGGAUGCUCGAGGUCACGGCGUCAGCAGCAGCAGAGAGGCUCGGGGUAGACUUUGCUCAGCUGUUCUGCCAGUCUGACCAGUUCAGGGCCACAGAGUCGCUCAUCCAGGAAUCCAAGGAAUCCAGUGAGCCUCCUGAAGGGGAACCAGGUCUCUUCUUCCCAACGCAGCACCCCACAACGCCACUCUCGCAGACCAUAGAGGCACUGAUCCAGGAAUCCAGUGAGCCCCCUGAAGGGGAACCGGACCUCUUCUUCCCAAUGCAGCACCCCACCACGCCGCUCUCCCAGUUCGCGGCCCAUCUGUGGAAGCGGCACCUCGUGUACUGGCGCAUGCCCGACUACAACGGCGCGCGCUUCUUCUUCUCCUUCUUCAUGGCUCUCCUCAUCGGCGGCGUCUUCUUCGGCUUCGGACACACCCGCAACACGCCGCAGCAGAUUGUGCUCCUUCUGGAAUCUUCUCUGCGGCUUUCUCCUGCCACAGCCGGUGAGUGCAGUGCUCGUUGCUAUCUAUUUUCGAGUGCUCGAUGA